AUGUCGAAGCCUGUGGGGACUGUUCUCCACCCGUGGCCCGCUCACCCCCACCCUGCAGGGACGGACCCCAGGGCCCACUUUGCACCUUGUCCUCCCAUCCCACUCUUCCACACCCGUCAUGCGGAGCAGAGCGCCGAGCGUCCGCGUCUCAUCACCAUCGUCCGUCCCUGCGGCCAAGCUGCCCUGCGGAAGGUAACGGUGCUGUUGAAUCGUAGAGGCGUUGUUUCGUUUGAGCAGCUACUGCUGGAUGUCUCGGAAGCCUUGGGGUUUCCUCACUGGCACAGAGCCAGAGUCACGCGGCUCUACACACCCCACGCAAGAGAGGUGAGAGGCGUGUGCGACUUCUUCCGGGGUGAGGUGGCCUUCCUGGCGCUUGGGAAAGCUCGUCCAGUGUUGCAGAGCAUCCAGGAGGCCCUGGAGGAGCUUUUCCCAGAACCUUCUCACUACCGCGCUGAUGCGCUGCGGGCUUGGGAGAAGAGACUCCAGCCGGCGCUAGAUAAAGCCACCAAGGGUGACAGUGGAUACUGUGAGGGAGCGGACAGCAGCGGGACACACACACACCACGAGACACGCCCGGAUGCAAGUACACACCCAAAGAUGCCUCACAAUACAGACAGACUCACACAGCCACCUCACUGUACAGACGCACACAGGCGGGAAAAUAAUGUAAAAACGAAGCAUUUUUAUAGGAAGCACACGUGCAGACAAUCCUCCCAACUCAUCCCACCUCACCCUCCCAACCACCUCCAAAGACUCCGGGUUAGAGACGAGGCUAGAGAGAGACUGCCGGCUGUCACCGGCCCAUUUAAACAAGAGGCGCGGCUAAUCAAGAUAGACACCCUUUCUCCUACAUUGUGUGACAACUGUCUUGGGGGAGGAGCUAAACCUCACAGUUCAGAGCAAGCCAAUCAAAUAGCAGGAAGGGCUUUACUUCCUCCUGUUUCGAGGAAGCAAAAGGAAAGUUCCCCUAAGGAACAGGAAGAGGGACAUCUAGAUGAUCGGACAGGGCCAAAACAGGGGGGAACGCAACAGAGGUUGACCUUUGACCUACCAUCAGAGGGCGGCGAUAUCACUCUAUCGGACAUUGAGCGCUGCUAUAACAUAGGGCGUGUUGUCGGCGAUGGGAAUUUUGCAGUGGUGCACGAGUGCCGUCGUCGUGACAACGGACAAACCGUGGCCAUGAAGAUCGUCGAACACUCCAAGCUGACUGGCCGAGAGCACAUGAUGCAGAAUGAGCUGAGUCUUCUGGGCAGUCUGUCCCAUCCUCGCGUGAUCCGACUGUUCGCACAUCACCACACACACACUCACUCCUACCUGGUGAUGGAGAUGGCGACUGGGGGGGAUCUGUUUGAGGCUAUCGCUGAGAAGGGGAAGUUCCCAGAGGCGGAGGCGGGGCUAAUGGUGUCGGAUGUGAGCGAAGCACUGAGCUUCAUCCACAGCAAGAGCAUUGUCCACAGGGACCUCAAACCAGAAAACCUACUGAUUGAGCACAGCGCUGAUGGCAACAGUCGGCUGAAGCUCGGGGACUUCGGUCUAGCCAUGGUCGUCACAGAGCCCAUCUUCACCAUUUGCGGUACACCUACCUAUGUAGCCCCAGAGAUCCUUUCUGAGAAAGGCUAUGGUCUGACAGUGGAUGUGUGGGCUCUGGGUGUGAUUCUCUACAUCCUGCUGUGUGGCUUCCCCCCGUUCCGCAGUCAGAAUUGGGACCAGGAGGAGUUGUUCCAGUUAAUUAAACAGGGAGAAUUCCACUUCCUGUCCCCUUACUGGGACACCAUCUCAGAGGAGGCCAGAAGCUUGGUCAGAGCUCUGCUUCAGGUAGAUCCCACUGUGAGGCUCACUGCCGCACAGACCCUGCGACAUCCCUGGGUUCGGGCUAUGUCCUCAGCCUGCAGCCAGGGGACGCUGACAGACAAAGCACAAGAGAACGUUGCUGGGACCGGGAGAGACCAGGAGAGACCAGCUCAGACCCAAGCAACAGAAACCAUCAGAGUCAAGAGGCCAUCACACGCCAACAGCCAGAGGAUACACAAAGCACAUAUUCACACAGCAGAAAUCAGAAAGCAACAUGAAGGACACACGCAAAUGAACACAGGUGCCACCAGUCAGGAGACACCAAAGCAGGUCAACACAACACAGGGCCAGUCUAAGCAGCAAGCACAGGUGCUCACCGCGCAUGCGCGGUUUAAACCUCCUUAA